CAUUAUUACGUCCAUUACUUCAUCGUCUACAACGAAUGAAACUAUGAAUAACAGUAAUACCAUGUUCCCUAUUGUUUCCUGUCAAUCUAGCGCAUCUUCCAAUGGUAAAAAUAAACGCGGCAGAAAGCCCUUACCAGCAAUGCCUUCUGGAAAGAGGCAUUUCAAAAAUUUUGUCAACCAACACGCAUUCCGUGAACGUAAAAAAACUUAUGUCCGUGAUUUGGAAACUAAAGCUUCAAAAUUCGAAGCAUUGUAUACUGAAUCUUUAACUGAGAUUAAAUCAUUGAAAGAAAAAGUCGCGUUUUUAGAAAAACUCCUUGCAA